UCACUAGCGUAGCAGCACACACGGAUUCCCCUUUUAGAAAAGCAACACGUCCACCACAGUUACACUUUUGUUAAAUACUGUAUGGAGGUAAAUAAUUAUAUUUUUUGGUGACACAGGAACUACUAACCCACCAGUGAGACAGUCGUCAUUUUCAAUUAAAUGUCAGGUACGGUUAGCAUUCGCAGCUAGCUGGAGUUAGCUAACUCGCAUUAGCUUGCUAACACCCGAAUUUGCAGGAGUUGAAGAGAACAGUGACGAAGAUGCCCCUGUUUGGAAACACGUUCAGUCCGAAGAAGAUCCCUCCUCGGAAAUCUGCCUCUCUGUCCAGCCUGCACACGUUGGAUCGGUCAACAAGGGAAGUGGAGCUGGGCCUUGAGUAUGGAUCUCCUAUGAUGAAUAUUGGAGGUCAGAGCUUGAAAUUUGAAGAUGGACAUUGGAUAGCAGAAAAUGGUGGAAGUGUAUCUAGUAAGGAAAUGCAGCGGCUGAAGAAAAGAAAUCUACAGCUGGAGGAGGAGAACAACCUUCUGAAGCUGAAAAUUGAAAUAUUGUUUGACAUGUUGUCAGAGACGACAGCAGAGUCCCACCUGCUGGAGAAAGAGCUGGAGGAGGUGAAGAACCAUCAUCGCAGGAAAAAAUAACGUGUGUAAUGUGAUGCUCUCUACAUAGGAAAAGUUCCAUACGGCAUCAGCCUUUUAUACAUUCACAAGAGGAUGAGUUUUGACUGAAGAUGAGUUUUAACUUUUUUUGUUUGCAAGUACAAAGAAAGAUGAAGUCUAUAUCUGUGCUACAAGGCAAGGACCCCAUACAUUGUGAGUAGCGUUAUAGGUCACAGUCCUCCUUGCAUUAAAGAAAAAACAAAGAAUAAACUCGAAUCAGUUUUGUAUGCAUUGUAAAUUUGUAAAUUGUUCUUGUAUAGACCCAAAAGGACAGUGGAAAUUAUAUAAUGAUGAUUUAUGUUUUCCACACCUUUAUUUUUGUUUGGCAAGUUUGGACUGUUACAUUGUAAGAUUAUUUUGUAUUUCUUUUCUAUGGUAAUAAAAUGUUGAAUCCAUAUAAAAAA